UUUUAAAAGGCUGGGGUUAUUCAUAUUACUUUAGUUUCAUUCAAACAGCUGUAGCCAGUUGUAGGGCUAGUUACAACUGAUUUUACACUAAAAUGGUUGGACGCCUUCUUCUGUUCAGUUACAUAUUUGUCGUUGCUUCUGCAACGGUGAAACUUCGUGAGCUUUACGCCUGGAAUGUUCUGGAUUGGAAUUAUCCAGAUCCAUUUGCAAAACAACGGGAUAUUGAUAGCGGAGCUCUCAAUCCAAAAAAUGCACUGCCUGUCGGCAUUGAAAGAUGGAGAAACAAGCUUUUCGUAUCCGUUCCCAGGUGGUUCCCAGGUAUACCCGCUACAUUAAAUUAUAUUGAUAUGGACGCUCCGUAUGAUCCAUCUCCGAAAUUGACACCAUAUCCAAGUUUUAGAGAAAAUGAAUUAGGUAAUUGUGAUGAAGGUCUUACAACUGUGUACAGAAUCAAGGCAGAUAAAUGCGAUCGUUUGUGGGUCUUAGAUGUCGGCACCUACGGAUAUGAUCCAAAUGUUACUAAUCUUUGUCCCUACGCAUUGAACGUAUACGACCUACACACGAACAGACGUUUAAGACGAUAUGUAUUCAGAAAUGAAGAUAUUGUCUCAACAACUUUCAUCGCUAAUAUAGCCUUAGAUGAGGGCAAUUCAUGUGAUGAUACGUUCGCAUACUUCUCAGACGAGCUGGGAUAUGGUUUAAUCGCUUAUUCUUGGGAACAAAACAAAUCAUGGCGCUUUAGUCAUAGCUUUUUCUUUCCUGAUCCAUUGGUGGGUGACUUCAAUAUAGCAGGUCUAAACUUCCAAUGGGGUUCUGAGGGUAUAUUUGGAAUUUCUGCAUCGCCUAGAGGCCCUGAUGGAUACAGAACCCUUUAUUUCAGUCCCUUGUCAAGUUACACGGAGUUCGCUGUUUCCACGCGUAUUCUGAGAGAUGAAUCGAAAGUUGAAGGCUCAUAUCAUGACUUUAAAGUUGUUGGAUCUCGAGGCCCUAAUACGCACACGACAUCUAAAGUCAUGGAUGAGACGGGCGUCCAACUUUAUAAUUUAAUCGAUCAAAAUGCUGUUGGAUGUUGGAAUACGAACCUUCCACUAAAACCGCAAAACACUGCUAUCGCUGAUAAAGAUGACGUCGGUCUUAUUUUCCCCUGUGACGUGAAAAUAGAUCUGGAUAGAAAUGUUUGGGUAAUUUCAGACCGUAUGGCCGUCUUUUUAGAAUCAGAACUGGAUUAUAGCGAUAUCAAUUUCCGAAUUUAUGUUGCCAAUUUCGAUUCAUUGGUACAAGGAACAGUUUGUGAACCUGACCCAUCUCAAGCAAUUACGCAAUUUAAAAAUCCAACAUUUGACAAUUCACUGAGUAUUUACGAUGCAAACCUUGCUUCAGUAACUCCUCAAACUUUUACAGGCGUUUCUCCAGCUUUUAGAUCUCUUCCAACUUAUGUUAAUAAUGCGCAGCAAAAAUUCACCUACCAGUUUCCUAAUCAACCCGCACAGUCGUACGUUUUUUCCACUCCUAAACCACUUCUAAGCUCAAACAGACCCUGGUGGUUCGCAAACAACAAUUAUAGUCCAUACAAAUAAUUGUACUUUUGAGAGCUAACAAAUUAAUGAAUGUCAGAAUUUUCAUUUAAGUAUGAAAAUAUCUGAAAUUUAUUUCCCAAAUGUUAAAUAAAAUCAGUAGUUUGAAAAUCAUAGUAUUUAAGUAAUAAGUGUAUUAUGAAUGAAGAAUAGUCGUUUAUUAGUAGAACAUAAUAUGCGAUUUAUUUUUUAAGCAUUGUAAAUUUCACUACUAUAUUUAAGCAAAGCUCAAAUGAAUGAUUGUAGGAUGAUAUGAGAAAAUGUUUAUAAUGUAAAUGUAAUGCAGAUGAUAUAUAUAAUCGAUGUGACAUCGAUUAUAUGGCCGCGUGUUCUUAUGAAAUUAGAUUUUAUAACUAGUA